AUGGCAGACACAGAUGAGGAGAUUGAGUUACAAUCGGCGUCUAUAACUACAUACUUUGUUCAACAUUAUUAUACAACAUAUAUUGAAAAGACACCUUGUAUGAAUUCUUCUCAAACUGGUCAUAUGUGGUUGAUGGAAAUAUUAAAAGGAAAUGAAAGUAGAUGUUAUAGCAUGUUUAGGAUGGAGAAAGAUGUUUUCAUUAAAUUAUGCGAUGAAUUGGAAGCUAAUUAUGGAUUUAAGGGUUCAAAGAGAAUGUGUGCUCUUGAGAUAUUAGGCAUGUUUUUAUUUACAUUAGGUCACGGUGCUGGAAACCGAUUAACACAAGAGCGAUUCCAACACUCAGGCGAGACAGUUAGUCGAUAUUUCAACAAGGUUUUAGAUGUUUUAUGUCAUAUGAGUGUAGAUGUAUUAAAACCACCAGACCCAGAAUUUAAAGAUGUUCCUGAAGAGAUAUUGAAAGAUUCUAGAUAUAUGCCUCAUUUUAAGGUAAACGGUGUACAUGUGAAUGCUGUAAUUCCACCUGAAGAUCAAGUACCAUUUGUUGGUAGAAAAGGGAUACCAACUCAGAAUGUCAUGGCAAUAUGUAAUUUUGAUAUGCAAUUUAUAUAUGCAUAUGCUGGGUGGGAAGGAAAAUAUUAUUUAGUGGAUGCGGAAUACCCACAAAUUACAGGUUUUUUAGGACCAUAUAAAGGCCAAAGAUACUAUCUACCACAAUUUCAACGAGGUAGCAAACCUAUUGGUUAUAAAGAGGUAUUCAACCAGACACAUUCUUCUCUUCGAAGUGUUAUUGAAAGAACUUUUGGAGUAUGGAAGAAAAGAUGGAAAAUAUUAAGAGAUAUGCCUAGUUAUCCAUAUCAGAAGCAAGUGAAAAUAGUGAUUGCAUCAAUGACCUUGCAUAAUUACAUUCGAAGGCAUGCAAAACGUGAUCGACAUUUUGAGAAAAUUAGAGAUAAUCCAUAUUAUUGUGUAGAAGAUCAAACUAAUAUUGAAGAUGAAGAUGAGACAGUUAGAGCUUCAAAUUUAAAUGAAAUGGACAAUACUAGAGAUCUGAUUGCUGCAAGUUUAAUGGGAUAUAAUUAA